AUGUCGGGACCAAUAGGUAGCCACCCACCAAAUGGUAAUGGACCCGUACUCAAAAAAAAAACAGUUAAAGAUUAUCAAUUUGGAACCCGAAUUGGGGAAGGAUCGUAUUCUACGGUGUUUUCAGCGCUUGAUGUUCAUAGCAACAAAACAUACGCUAUUAAGGUGCUUUCGAAGAGGCAUAUUGUUAAGGAAGAUAAGAUCAAAUAUGUGAAUAUCGAGAAAACUACGUUACAUAGGUUGGGGCAGCAACACCCGGGGAUCGUACAGUUGUAUUACACCUUCCAGGAUGAAAGCAGUCUCUUCUUUGUGUUGGACUUUGCCGAAUACGGAGAGCUACUCUCCAUCAUCCGAAAAUUUGGAUCGUUGUCAGAGUCGGUUCUGAAGUUCUACAUGAGUCAGAUAUUGGAUGCAGUGAGCUUUAUUCACCUGAAGGGAGUAAUUCACAGAGAUUUGAAGCCGGAAAAUAUCUUGGUGGGCCAUGAUUUCAACUUGAAGAUUACUGAUUUCGGGGCCGCAAAGCUCCUUGGUAACACUUCUGACGAAUCUGGCGAGAAAAUCGAUUAUAAGGGCAUAAAUCAAGAAUCCAACAACGGCCACCAUGACCACGACCGUAGAGGUUCGUUUGUGGGAACUGCGGAAUAUGUAUCUCCUGAAUUAUUAAAGCAUAAUUUAUGUGGGUUCGAAUCGGAUGUAUGGGCACUUGGUUGCAUCUUAUACCAACUUUUCCAUGGUAAUCCACCAUUUAAGGGCUCUACUGAAUAUUUGACGUUUGAAAAGAUUAUCAACGUUGAAUACAAAUAUCGUCCUAAUGCAGUCCCACCAGAUGUUGUAAAUAUUAUCGACCAAUUGUUAGUAGCUGAGCCCCUGCAAAGACUCACAAUCCCCCAAAUUAUGGCUAGCAGAUGGUUCAGUGAUAUACAUUGGGCGGACCAAACUUAUAUUUGGGGACGUAAAGUUCCAAGAAUCGAACCUUACAACUUGGAGAAUGGAACAAGCAGUUCCUUACCAACCCCUUCGGCAUCGCCGUAUAUACCAGCUAUGAAGACUGGAUCGAAUAGAAAUAUGAACAAAUCUUCAUCACAUCAGCAAUUACAUUCACAAAUUCAACAGUUGGACUUGAAUUUGAUCCCAUCUGUUGGCUCAAAGACUUACCAGCCUGCAACAAAAAUAAAGAAGAAUUUUAUGCCACCCACAAAUGCUUCAGCGGAAGUUCCGUUGACUCCCCCAUUAGCGAACAAUUAUAAGUCACCUGCAUUGGGUCAAUUCAGUCAACGUCCUAUGCAAAAGCAGCGUCAAAAUAGUGCCCCAGUCGUUCCACAAAUGAACAAUGGAAUGAACAAUAUGAUGAGACUAAAUAUGGCAAAUACACCUAGAACUCCAGAAGCCGAACAUGUAUUUUCUAAGCCUAACCCAUCACCGGAUGCAAAUAAAGGUCAACGUACAAAUUUACGUUCUAACACUGCAUUUGCAGGUAUCCCUAAUUCACAGCAAGCUAGUAUCUCUAAUUCGCAGCAAGCUAGAAAUUUUCAUAAUAGACAAUAUUCGACAGGAUCAACUCAGUUUUAUAAUAAUUCAAACUCGCAGCCAGGACCUCCAACACAACAAGAACAACAAUUUGCCCAAACGCCAAACCAGCAGCACCAGCAGCAGCAACAACAACAACAACAACAACAACAACAACAACAACAACAACAACAACAACAACAACAACAACAACAACAACAACAACAACAACAACAACAACANAACAACAACAACAACAACAACAACAACAACAACAACAACAACAACAACAACAACAACAACAACAACAACAACAACAACAACAACAACAACAACAAGAGCAACGACAACAACAACAACAACAAAAACACCAACAACAACCAGCUACUCCUCAAGUGA